AUGGCCUACACACCGCGAACCGAUUUCGAUGGCAACGCGACUUACAUGACCAAUGGCUAUCGCAGUGUUGGACGAACACACCUAUCGGCUCUUGACUCGGUAGAAAACUCAUUCCAUACUCCAACCAAGGACAACGACGUGAUUAGGGGAUUUGGUCCGCGCAAACGCGUCUCUGAUGGCUCCAAAGUCGGCACUCCACGUGCCAACAUGACUUCCAAGUCCAGCAGAAGCGCUUUGAGAAACCUCCCCGCGACAAUGGGGAAAGGAGAGUUCACGCCACUCAUGAAAAGCGCGACUAAAAACAACUUUCUCAAGAAUAUGUCCACGCGGGGAGGUGACGGUCCGAAGACGCCGGGUUAUCGAGAAAACAGUCGAGGCGGUGCCACCCCUGGGCUGACUCAAAACAUGUCGGAUAUCUACGAGGAAGAUGGUACUACCGAACAUCAAACCCCACAACCUCAGGUUAUGAGCAGCAGUGCGCCAAGCUCGCCUCUCCCCGGGGGCCUCAUGGGACGAAAUGGGGGAGGAAUGCUUGGGGAUGGAAAUCCGACUUUGAAGGAGCAAGAAAAAAUCAUUGACCGGCUUGACAAAGACAACUGGAACUUGAAACUCAAAUGCCAUUUUUUCGAGGAGCAGCUUUCCAAGGCUGGUCCGGAAAUAAACAGUCUGGCCAUGAAAGAAAAUACAGAGCUCAAAGUUACAAAAGUGACAUUGCAGCGCGAGGUGGCCCGCUACAAAAAAGGUGUAAUACUAGCAGAGCGCGAGUUGGAGGACUACCGUCAACAACUAGCGGACAUGAGAGAACGAUCUCGACGAAAACAAACUGACGAAGAAGUUCAGCGUGAGAUGGAUCUCAUGCAAAGUGAAAUCGACACAAGGGACAACGAACUCAGAGAUCUACGAGAAGAACUGAGACAGGCCAAGAACGACAAGUCUCAGGAGUUGGAAAAGCUCCGCGAUGAGGUGGAGGACCUGGAAGCUGAGUUGAGGGCAAAGGAUCGGGCCAUCGACGUACGCGACGAGGAGCUCGAGGAAUUGAGACAGCAAUCCUCACGAAAAGAAUCCGACGAAGAUAUGCAGCGUGAAAUAGACAGCUUGCGGGAGGACCUCGAUUCAAAGGAGAUUGAGGUCAAUGAACUCCGAGAUGAAGUGCGGCUGGUCGCGAAUGGCAGGUCUCAUGAGUUAGAGAAGCUCAGAGAUGACAUCCAGGACUUGGAAGCUACAAUCAGGGAGAAGGAACGAGCCAUCGAUGAACGUGAUGAACAACUGGAGAAGCUGAAAGCAAAUGAAAAGUAUCAACAGGACCUGAAGAGUGACGCCGGGAUGUUAAGCAGGGAUCUUGACUCUGCACGGCGAGAACGAGACUUAGCCCAACAAGAACAAGAAAGGAUCUCCAGCCGCUUGAAUGUAGCUCUCGAUGACCUCCAGCGCCAAGCAGACGAAAAGGAGCUUCUGCAGAAUCGACAUCAAGCUCUCACAGACGAGUCAGGCGGCCUGCAAGUCGAACUUGCCCGAGCGCAGUCUAGAAUCGAGGAACUCCAGCUACACAUGAAGAGCAACUCUGGGCAAUUAGGCGAAGAGCUUGAAAAAGUAAGGCGGGAACGGGACUUACUUCAGCGGGAUAAGGAAUUCCAUCAGAAGGAGCAUGACAAGAUCUCCCUUCGCCUGACAUCAGCUCUGGAAGACCUCAACCGCCAAGCAUCCGAGAACAAGCGUCUUCAAGAUCAAGAACACACUCUGAAUGAUAAAUUGAGAGACUUACAAAACGAGUUUGCUAGGGCGGAGUCCAGAAUCAACAGACUUCAGCAAGACUUCAAGAGCAACUCUGGCAAAUUAGGCGGAGAUCUUGACUCCGCCAGACGAGAACGAGACGCAGCUCAGCAGGAACAUGACAAUGUCUCCUCCCGCCUACAAGCAGCUCUCGAUGACCUCAAGCACCAAGAAAUCGAGAAAGAGCUUUUGCAGGAUCGACAACAAGUCCUCACUGAUGAAGUGGGAGACCUGCAAAGCGAGCUUGCCGGGGCGAAGUCUAGGAUUGAAGACCUCCAACAGAGCCUGGCAGAUGAGCAAGAAUACGGCAAAGGUCAGCAACAGAAACGAUCAUCUGACAACAUAGGCCAACUGCAAAAGGUAGUUGCCGAGAGGAACACGAUACGAGAGGAGCUUGCUCAGGCCCACGUUGAAUUGCACGACCUGCGAAGGUCGGCAACUGAGGUGGAAAUUGAGCGCGAUGAGCUCCAGGCUCAGCUUGAGCUGGAGGUUCUCCAACAACAACAACGCCCGGAAAAUGAGCUGUCGCUUGGACACAGAGACCUAUCCGCCCUUCGGCAGAGCCUAGAGGAAGCUCGAAAGCGGGAGAAGAACUUCCUGCUGAGAGAAAAUGAGCAAAAGGCGGGGAUACGAACUCUCAAGUCCCAAAUCGUUGAACUUGAAAAGGAUCUGCAUGAGGCACACAUCACAAAAUUCAACUCCAACUCAGUCCACAACUCGCCCUAUGAAAAGACCUAUGAGGAGAUUCGAAAUCUACGAAAGCAGCUUUCAGAUACACACCGGUCUCUCAAGGAAGUCCGGUCCAAGAAUCGUGAUUUGGAGCGUGCUGCUUUGAGAGAAGAAGAUCAGAAAGACCUGCAUGAGCUCCUCAAGUCUUCGACGCUUGAAGCCGAGUCUCUCGCACUCAAGGUCUCAGAGCGAGACACGCGUUUGAACGAGCUCAAGGUCCAGGUUCGUCGGAUCCGCGAAGAGCGGGCUUACUGCGUACGAAAAGUCGAAACAGCAAACAAAGAACUAGAAGUAUUGCAGCAGCGUUACGACGAAGCAAUACAACAAGUCUCCCUGGGCAAAUCGACGACAAGACACGAAAAGGAGAUGCGAGGCCUUGGCAAAGAAAUAAUUUGGCUCCGAGCCCGCUUACAACGAGAACAGAAGUUCCGUCGUGACCUAGCCUGGAGUAAGGGCCUAAUGGAACUUGGUGAACGAGUCCGCAUAGCAUGCAACUCAGCCGACCUUCGUAUGAUUAACGAAAUGGGAGUAGACGCCCAAGACCGCACUUCCACAGGAUCACCUCGCCACAAAUUCCGUUCUGCAAUCUCCCUCGUCAUGGCUACUGUCCGCAUGAAACGGAUGUGUCAGGACUGGCAACGGACCAGGAAGAUAGGCGAGGGGCUGAAGCGAGCUAAAUCUGAGAUGCUUAAGCGUCGAGAAGCCUCAAAUAAGAGUCUUCUUGGGCUGUAG